AUGGUGAAUGCUUCAGUUCUUGUAAAUUUGUUUUUAGGCUUUUCGGUUGGGGAGGAUGUACUGUAUAAGGUCACCUAUCUGCAGUUUGCUGAUGAUACUCUUGUGGUGGCCGAGAAGAAUUGGGCAAAUAUCCGAGCUAUAAAAGCUAUUUUGCUAUUGUUUAAAGUGAUGUCAAGCUUAAAAGUUAACUUUCAAAAAAGUUUAUUGGCUGAGGUGAAUGUUUCUGAUCCUUGGUUGGAGGAGGCCGCUAGUGUGUCACAUUGUAAAAUUGGAAAGACCCCUUUUAACUAUCUCGGUUUGCCUAUCGGGGGUAAUCCUAGAAGACUAUCGUUCUGGAAACCUGUCAUUGAUAAAAUUAAAUCUCGAUUGUCAACCUGGAAGUGUAGUAAUAUGUCUAUGAGGGGUCGUUUGGUUCUCCUUAAAGCUGCUUUGUCUUCGCUUCCAGUUUAUUUUCUUUCCUUUUUCAACGCUCCCGCAAGUAUUGUAUCUAUCAUCAAAUCUCUUUUUAAAUCUUUUUUGUGGGGUGGAGAUGAGGAGGCUCGUAAGGUGCAUUGGAUUCAUUAG